ACCACCACCCACAAGUACGUCCUCCACCACCAUCACUACAAGUACGUCCUCCACCACCACCGCAAGUACCACCAACAAGAACAUCUUUUCUUCAACACAUGUUCACAAACUCUGCACAAUUUGUUAAUAUUUUGUUUCACUUUUUUGUUAUUUACCAUCAACUUCUUUCCCCCAAUAUGCCUUUUGUUUUUAGCAUUGUGUGCGUUGUCUCAGAGUCUUGUCCUUGUAUUAACGUCCAGUAUGUCUUGACACUCUACCUCUAUAGUCUUAAACUCUAUUCAAAUUAGAUUAAUUACUUAGUAUAGAAUGGUACGUAUUGGGGUAUCAGUAUUGAGUUAUAUGAAGAAUAUUAUUGGGGUUACAAUAAUGAAAACUAAUUUGCGAUCUUUACAGAAUAUGUCAGUCGUUGGUCCACCCAUCUGGCUCCUGUUGUAUGGUAUUGUGGUAUUGGUAGGUACGUUUUUAAAUGGUCAUCGUGCCGGUGCGGCCCCAGAACCUAAAGACAUGGUCCAGGGUUCUGUAUCUGCGGGUCUUGAGGCCACGGGUUCUCCGGCAGUGCCAGCAGCGUGGCUUACAGCCCUCAGUACGGCGACGGAGUUAGCCCUUGUUAACCUUCCUGAGGCCCUCCGCAGGACGGCUGGUCAGGUUCACCUCUGUUUCAGCGAUGCUCCUGAUGAACAGUUCGUGGGUAAGGUGUGGAGUGCGGGCCGGACCCCUAUGAGUGUAUGGACCUCACUAGCUUGGCGAGUCUCCCUGGUCCAUACCUCCUACAAACAGGGGGCCACGCAUGUCCUAGUGGGCCACACCUUCUGGCUCCUUCAGUCACUGAUUUUGAUCCAGGAGCUGGUGGCCAACAAGACCUUAAACAUACAAAAAACACAGUUGUUGUUUGUGUCUACUGAAGGUGAAGACUCGGACUUCAACAGGAUCCUGGAGGCCAACAUUCCAGAGAAGCUGAAUGUUCUCCUGCUUCACGUUUAUCAGCCUCUUGGAGACUCUCACUCACAUAGGAGGAGAAGGAGCAUAUCCAAGGAGAACAAGGAAGGGUAUGAUGUCGAGAAAGAUAAGAAAGAUGGGGAUGAGAGACCUGGCGAUGAUCAAGAAAAACAAAAAUUGACGCUCGUGAGGGAUGGUGUGGACUCGGGUGUUGCACUUGUGGGUGAAGGUCGAGCGAUCCUUCCAGGCAAGAUGAAGCCAUUGAAAACAACGACAGACGAAACACGACUAGAUACAAACUAUAAUAAGCAACUCACCAAGAAAGAAGGAAACAUGAGGGUAAACUAUAGUAACGAAGAAAUUAAUUUGUCCCUAAAACAUAUAACGAAAAACGUCAAAGAUAAACUGAAAGAAGAUGAGUACUUGAAUUGUGGUGUUAAAAUCCCAGAGAGAAGUUGGGAGAUUGGACGAGGGGUGGAUCAGAGUGGAUUAGGAGGAACCUUGGUCACUGCCAGCUUGAGAGAACAUACCAAAACAAUUGUACAUCGAGGCCCCCUUAGAGUCACAUGGGAAACUAAAACAAAUGAGUAUCAUGGCAGCAUAAACAGGACGAUACGACAGAUUGAUGACAGAGACAUCGUCAGUUUCUCUUCUAUACCUCAAGUGGGUCUCCAUAUGGCAGUGACUCCAGGUGACGGUAGCGUCGUCCUCCGGAAAGUCGGGGUAUGGAACAAGUUUUCCGGGCUCCUCCUUGACGGGCCACUACAAGCAACACCUUCAGCAAGUUUCCAUGGCAGAGAUCUGAUUCUGACAACCGUGCAUAAACCUCGAGUGUUUGAGGUGAAGGGACCAGAUGGCAAUGUGAGGAGCUCCCUGCAGGAUGUGGAUGGCUACGUGGUCGAGGUUAUCCGCAUCCUGGAAAGGAGCCUCAACUUUUCUGCUGUCAUUACCGCCACCAACACCUUCGGCAGUCAGCUCCCCAAUGGUUCCUGGAAUGGCAUGCUGGGCUUCUUGAUUCGAGGGGAGGCUGACCUAUCCCCACUGGAUUUCUCACCGUCGUGGGCCAGGGCGCAGGCGGUGGAUUUUAGCGAGUGGUUCAGUACGGAUGGUGUCAUCAUCGUCUCACAAGCACCCCAGCCUCUCCAGAGACCCUUCCUCCUCCUUCAGAUAUUCUCAAGUUGGGUAUGGCUGUCGAUCCUGGUGACCGGUGUGUUAACAGGGAGCUUAUUAUGGGCAAUGGACUAUUUCCUGAGACACCCAGGAGCUAACAGGUGUAAUGGUGGCAGAGGAGUGACACAACAGGAGUGCCAGUCCACCUACCAAGGCGUGUUGGCCGCCACACUGAAGCUCUUCGUCACUCAGAGCAGCAAGACCUGGUGUCUCUCCUGGUCAGCACGGGUGGCAUCCUCCUGUCUCUUCCUGGCGGUGGUGUCACUGGUGGGGAUCUAUCAGAGUUACAUCAUCGCAUUCCUCGCCGUCCCAAGGAGAGCAGCACCCAUAGACUCCGCCAUUGAUCUGAUGGAGAGGCUGGAUACUGUCACACCCAUUGUCCGCAAGAAUACUGUAUAUUAUCAUUUUGUUGUAAACUUUGAGAGUUAUAGCCCCAUCGCAGCCAACUUGAAAUUCCAUCAAGAUUCAUUCCUCAACACUUGGGACUUCUUCCAAUUGAUCCAACAAGGGAAAUAUGCCCUUAUAGACACCUACUCUUCGGGUGUGGGUCGAGCUGCCAAGUUUGAGUCGCAGGGAUCACAGUGUCGAUUUUAUAUUUCUCGACAAGUCCUCAAAGCAGACCUCGACCUUAUGGCUCAUCCUCAAAACUCUGUCUUCAAGGAGCAGAUAGAUUUAGCACUUCAGCGGCUGCGUUCCUUUGGAAUAAUUGAGAAAAUUAAAGACAACUACUACUCGACCUCCUGUGAGAGAGAACUUGCCAUAGGAAAUCUGGAUGCCCUUAGUCUUAAUCAGGUACAGAGUGCAUUCUUUGUGUUGGCUGUCGGGUACAUCAUAUCCCUCUUGGGCUUCAUCUCAGAAAUUAUCUACAGGUUUUGUGGGUCAUAGAAAAUAAGCUGCAGUAUCCUGUCAGGGACCCUGAAGACUUCAUGUUAUCACUCUGACUUACAUGUGAUACUUUUCUCUGUUCUGUCUUAAAAGAGGAAGAGCUACUGUAUUACUGUGCGAGACCACUACAGUGGAUGUAGAGUAAUGUAUCCACUAUCAGAGAAUAUGCAAAUCCAAUGUAAUAUUCAUCUGUUCUUCACUUAAUGCAAUAAAAAAUUGAUAUAUC